AUGAGCUUGGAGUUCUCAGCUUGGGUCAGUUUAGAUACUGGAAUGCCCGAAAGACGAGCUGCUGUCUCCGCCACCUUGUCCGAGUCGACUAUAUCCUCCAAUAAAGUAGAAUCAGAUUUAUCAUCAAUAGUCCUUUCGAUCUCGUCGAUUCUUCGCUUGAUAUCGGGAAUAGCAAAGUAUCUCAAAUCGGCAGAGGCUCCAGUAUCUCUUCGACGUUCGGCAUCUUGA